AUGGCUGAUCACAGAUCAGACCCGCCUCGACAGUGGUCCAUCAUGCCAUCCAGUCGGUCGACUCAUGCUGGCUCGAAUCUGCGUUCAAAUGCGAGGACGCCUGGCCGCGAGAACGCUCCACAUGGCUCCCAGAAGGAUACUCUGAGAGGUAGCAAGACACUCAUGGGGCCUAUGAAUAGCCUGAGUGGCAAUGUGCCACUCCAAGAACGAGCAAUUUCUCCCGUGAAACGACGCGCUGUGCCCGAGAAAUCUGGCAAAUCGCUUAUCAAUCAAGUCCCCCGACCGCUCGUCGACGAGACACCAGCAGGGCCCAUCGCUACUAACAAGUCAGGAGAAACUUUCUACGUGAAAGGCAUCUUUGAUCGCACUCCGAUACCGGACAAGCGGCGCCUCGCGAGUCUCCUCACCGAGGCGAACAAGACAAAUGGGCUCUUUGCCCGCGAGGGUGAUGGUCAGAGGACUCCUGCCAUCCGCACGCCUGCUCGGCGGCAAUUGCAGCUCGAACGGGGGCUCGGAAGCCCGCUUCUGCUUGAUGGGCGGACUGGACGGACGGUCGUUUUGGAGGACGAGAUCGAGUAUAUGCCACCCAGAUGCGCCGAAAUAUACAUACCCCCAUUUGACUUUGAGCUUCCCAAUUACAAAGCUGUUGGAGCCGCUUUGCUGGUUAUCGCCUCGUUGUACCCCCUCCAAAGCACUGAUCAAAAACAGACUGAAAGCCAUUCGUUUGAAUCUUUUGCGGCGGAUAGCCAAGUUUGGACCGGCUUUCCACUUUCCCAACUCGCGGAGGAAGAACCGUUUUGCACGAAUGCGUCUCGUUCGAUGGUGCCCGUCAGCGGGCCAGUGUCGAAAAAGAUCCCAUCGACGCGAAGGACUGGCGCUCGCCGAACAAUCCCCCUCGCUCUUGGUCGAACGAAAGUGGAAGUCCCGAGCCGUGUUAGGACAAAACCGAACUCUCAGUCGGAUGAAUCGGACAAGCACGAAUUUGAGAACUUGUUCCCUGGCGUUGUGCUUGUCGAUGAGUUCAUGUUCGAUGUAUAG